AUACAACGAUCGACCGAAGUUAGCCACCGGCAACACGAUGACGACGACGACGACGACAACCAGAACAACCCAAACAAGAACGAUGACAGCGAAGCGUGGAAAGUUCUCGACAGCAUCCUCGGUGCUACUGCUCUGCGCAGCCCUGCUAAUGACCAAGUCCUGCGGCAUUCUGGCCCUCAGUGGCGAUGGGAAUGCCCAGUUGCCAGGUCAAGCAGAUGCCUGGAGCGAGACAACAACAGUCAGCGAAGGCAGCGGCUGGGAGGUAACGAUUGGGAGCACAGAUCAGCCAGAAGAACUAACAACAGAGCCCAUAGAGGAGCUGGAUACAACAACAUUUGGGGCGGAUAUACCAACAGAGACUACUGCGCCUACGAAUGCGGCCACCACGCUCAAUCCCAACGAGCCCGAGCAGGAGACCACAGUUGCGCCCAAUGAGGAACAGUCCACAACGGGCCCCGGCGAGGAACAGUCAACCACUGCAGGCCCCGGCGAGGAGCAGUCUUCUUCAAGCCCCAGAGAGCAGCCGUCCACUUCAGGUCCCGGCGAGGAGCAGUCUUCCUCGAGCCCCAGUGAGCAGCCGUCCACUUCAAGCCCCGGAGGGGAGGGGCAGUCGACCACAUCAGGCCCCGGCGAGGAGCAGUCCUCUUCAAGCCCCAGCGAGGAGCCACCGACCACCACACCCAGCGAGGAGCUGCCCACCACCACCACGGAAGCGGAGCCAGUUAUAACCACCAUUGCACCAACGCCACCGGCACCGCCUGUAUUCGAGUGCCCGACCGUGGGUCUAUUCCCUGACAUCAGCGGCGACUGUCAGCACUUCCACAACUGUCUGCUGAACCUGCUGACGGGUGAGCUGAAGUCCUAUGAUAUGGUAUGCCCUCCACUGUUGGCCUUCUCGCCCACCUACGGCCGCUGCGUGCGAGAUUUGGCGGAAUGCGACAACGAUGCGUUCGUUUGUCAGAGGCCCGGACACUUUGCCGGCAGCGAUGAGACCCACUACUAUAACUGUGUUCCGAAACUGCGCGGUGGCUUCCACAAGUACAUUGUGCGCUGCUCCGUUGGUCAGCGUUUUGAGCCUUUGAUAGGCCGCUGCUGGCGUUUCGAUUGGACGCAAUUAUUGCCCGGACAGGCGCUGGAAGCUAGCGAUUUGGCGGCCAUCAAACGUGAACAAAAGGAAUUGAAGGCGGAGGAAAAGCUGCGCCUGAAGGCCGAGAAGAAUCAAGAGAAAUUGGCGCGUAAGCAGCAAAAGCUGGAGGAGAAGCUGGCCAAGAAAGCAGCCAAGGAACAGGCCAAGAAGGACGCCAAGGCAAACAAGCCCCUGUCCGUGGAGAGCGCCGAGUCCCCAGAGCAGCCCAGCUUCGAAUUCUAAAUCCAAUCGGCCCCAGAUUCCACUCACAAUCUAUGUUGGUGUAUAGCGUAGUCUCAUUUGGUUAUGGUUCUUAAAUUCUAUCUUUUUUUUUUCUUUCUGUAUUGCAUGAAUAAAGACUAAAAUUCUUUAAUA